AUGGCAGACCUCGGCAGCGUAGACACCCCCGCCCUCGAGGCAGCUCUCCGCCCCAUCACCGCACCCCGCGACGCUCCCUCCGCCCAAUUUACCAACUGGGCAAAGACCUUUGUCUGUCGUCCUCAACGCGUAUUGCUUCCCACAACGCCUUUGCAAUGUCGGCAGAUCCUGGAGCUUGCAAGGCGGGAGGGUGCCCGAGUUCACCCCAUUGGUGUGGGGCAUUCUCCAUCGGACUUGUCCUUGACAAAUGGGUGGCUGGUAAAGAUGGAGGGCGUCAAGGGCUUGAUCAAGACUGAUCACGAUAAUCUGACCGCCACGUUUCACGCCGGUACCUCCCUCCAUGAAAUCCACCGACUCCUCGGCAACGCAUCUCCUCCUCUCGCGAUGCGCAAUGUCGGCUCGAUCUCGGAUCAGACGAUAGCGGGCUUGAUCUCUACAGCAAGCCAUGGGUCCGGCACAUCGUUCCCCAUUCUCUCUGCGCACGUCAAAUCUCUCAAGAUCGCACUCCCCCUCCCUGAUGUACCUGUGGUCACGGUAUCAGCCACCCAAGACCCCGAUCUGUACAAGGCCAGUCUUUGCGGUCUCGGGGCUACAGGUCUCAUUCUCGAGGUGGAGGUCGAGGUAGAAUCGGCGUAUAGACUCAGAGAAACAAAAGAAGGGAGGAGCUUUGGGGAGGUCUUGGCGCAGUUGGAUACCAUCAAAGACAGCGCCGAGCAUGUCAGGGUCUGGUGGUAUCCUGACGGCAAAGGAGCAGUGAUUGGCAGAGCGAAUCGUACUCAAGAUCCUAAGCAGAGCUCUCCCUCGCUCACAGCUCACUUCCUCGGCUUCCAUGUUACUCAGUUCUUCAUUUACCUCUCAAGAAUCUUUCCUUCGUUGACCGCCGCGGUGGGCAGAUGGGCUUGGUGGUUGUCAAAGACGGAUAGCGAAGUGGUUGAUGAUGGAUACAAGGUGCUCAACUUCGACUGUCUGUUCCCUCAAUAUGCUCUCGAGUGGGCAAUCGACGCGAAAGAAAGCAAAGCAUGUCUCCAGGAAAUGCAGCUAUGGUUAGACCGCGAGGCAGCAGAUGCGAAUGGUCUUCGCCUCCAUUCCCCUAUUGAAAUCCGAUGGUCUUCCGCCGAUGACAUUUGGCUCAGCCCCUGCUAUGGCCGCGAGACAUGUUGGAUCGGUGUCGUGACCUACAGACCUUACGGUCUUGCCGUGCCCUAUCGCAAGUUUCACGAGAGAUUCGCAGCGCUCGUGGCUGCUCACGGCGGUCGACCUCAUUGGGCCAAGCAACACACUUUAGGUCCUAAGAGUCUCGAAGUCAUGUACCCCAAGUUCAAGGACUUUCAGAACAUUUUGCAGCGCGUGGACCCAAUGGGCGUUCUUCGCAGCGAGAAUGUUCGUCGCCAUAUCGACGGAGAGAACAUCCCCGACAGGAUAUUCAAGACCAGAUGA